AUGACCGCAGCUGCGGAGAAAUAUGCGCGAGCAGUCGCUGGAAUUCUGGCUAGCAAGUUACCCGCAGAACUAGUAUCCGAAAUACUAGACUAUGCCGAAUGUUUUGGACACCAAAUCAUCGGGAUCAAUGAAAAACCAGAUCGUGUCAGUACGGGAUGGGGACUCAAAUAUGAAGAAAUGGAUAAGGAAGGGGGGGGAUAUUCGGAUGUCAAAGUCUAUUUGAUCGCCCAGAUCCCGGAUUUCAUGGCCUUACAUAAGGAUACAGCUGGGAGAGGUGGUUUGGGAGGUGGAAGACCUGGAAGGGUUAGGAAGAUUGUGUUUAGAUUGAGAUGUAGGGAUCAAGGAUGGAGUAGUCAUCCAGAAAUCGAGAUGACUUAUCAAUGGGGUAGAAGUCGGAUUGAUGUCGAGAUUUGGAGGAAGCGUGAAACUGGGGCCGGUGGAGGAGAUGAUGGCGGAGAAGGGGCAGAUGGGAUGUAUAAAGUGGGUGAGAGUUUGGUGCAGAGGAAUAAAGUGGCUCUGGCAGAUGUGUUGGAGUAUGAGGUCUCCUGGAAGUGGGAUCAAGACAAGCCCGAGGAUGACGCCGAUGAUGUGGAUUUAGUCGGGAGACAUGAGAACAAUGGACAGUUCGUGCGAGAGCUAAGAGGAGGCGACGAGAUUAGAAUUUUCAUGAAGGCAUUUUUCAGCGGAUGGGAGUGUCGGAUUGAAAGGUGUGAAGUCGAAUGCUUUUGGGCCAUUUAG